AUGAUUGCUUGGCGUUCGAUCGCGCGCACCUUCCAACGGCACUAUGCACCUCUCAAAGCCCAAGUACGACAGUUGAGUCUGCUUGAAAGCCACUCACACAAACUGCUCCAAGAAUUCAAACUGCCAGUUCCACCGGGAUUCCUAGUUACAACCCCCGAGCAAGCCAAGCAUGUCGUCUCCGUUAUAAAUGGACCAUCGGUAAUAAAAGCCCAAGUCCUAGCAGGCGGCCGCGGCAAAGGCAAAUUCAACAGCGACGGCCAAAGCGGCGUUCGACACGUCGAGUCUCCAACCGAAGCCUUCAAAAAUGCCGCCAACAUGCUCGGGUACUACCUAACAACAGCACAAACCCCAGCCGACGGCCUUUGCGUCGACAAGCUCUACAUCGUAAAAGCCAUCUCCAUCGCGCAGGAAUUCUACUUUGCAAUGACAUUCGACCGCCAGCAAGCCUCGCCCGUGCUGCUCAUCUCCGCGGCAGGCGGAACAAACAUCGAGUCGAAUAUCGACAAGCUGCAUAAACUCCGGUUCGGACUCUCGACCGGUAUCACUGAUGAGAUCGACGAGUAUCUCCAAGCCGAGCUGGGAUUCUCGGAUUCCGAGAUGGGGGAUAUCCACCAGAUACUGGUGCAGAUGUUCAAGCUAUUCAAGGAGAAAGACGCGACGUUGCUGGAGUUGAAUCCACUGGUGCGCACUGAGGAUGGUGAGUUCGUUUGUCUGGAUGCGAAAUUUGGGUUUGAUAAUGCGGCGAGCUAUAGACAGCCUGGGCUUUUUGCGAUGGAGGAACGAGCGCCGGAACAGGAGGAGGAGCAUCGGCUUGCGGAAUUGGGGCUGAAUUAUGUGCGGCUAGAGGGGAAUAUUGGGAAUAUUGUUAAUGGGGCUGGGUUGGCGAUGGCGACUAAUGAUUUGAUUAGUUUGUAUGGGGGGAAGUGUGCGAACUUUUUGGAUGUUGGCGGUGCGGCGACGAAGGAGGCUUUGGCGAAGGCUUUUGAGGUUUUGAAGAAUGAUGAACGGGUGAAGGGGAUUUUGAUUAAUAUCUAUGGUGGAAUCGUGCGAUGUGACAUGAUUGCCGAGGCUAUUAUUGCCGCCGCUGCUGAGAUGGGUGGUUUCAAAUGUCCGGUUGUGGUUCGGUUGCAGGGAACUAAUUCCGAAAAGGGACUGGAGCUGGUCGAACGAUCUGGGUUAGAUAACUUGAUUGUAGAAGCCGAGUUUGAGAAGGCUGCUCAAUUGAUCGUGGAGCAAACGCCCAGGGUUGAAUCCUAA